AUGGGUCUUUCUGAAUUACCCACUGAGAUUUUAUUGAUGAUUGCAUCUUGUCUUUCGCAGGAGAGUCACAUUAAUGCGUUGAUUCGAACAAAUCGCCGCUUAUAUCGAGAACUUCAUCAAGUCCUACCAUUCUUCAAUGCCCAAUAUCUCCAUGCAUUUGCAUUAUUCUUCGCGGUUGAGCAUCAUCUCCCUCGCAAUGUUCAACAUCUGUUAGAAGGCUUGAAUGUCGCCCGUGCUCGACCUCACUGCCUUCCCAAUGACCUCUAUCGAGAAAAUAGAAUUGCGAAACGCCUCAGGAAGGCCGAGAAUCGCCAAUCGAAAGAUGAAAGUGAAAGUGAAAGUGAAGAAGAAGAAGACUCAUAUUUCUCCUCAUACAACUUAUGCUACACCCUCGAAGGGCGAAGACGGAAUGAACAUUCAAGUUCAGAAUGCAAAGAUUCCUACUGGGAAGACAUUUACGCCCACCCUCUCUCCUCGCGCGGAUAUUGUAUUUCGGUAAUUGAGAAUCUCCAACACGCCUUAAUACUAGCUAUUCAACGAGACCGGGUUGAUAUCGUUAAUCUUCUACUGCAAUUCGGCGCAGAGCCUAAUUUCUACCGCGGUCGUGGUCGCGUAUAUCCACCGCCCAAAAAUAGAAUCGGCUGGGAAUCAAGGCCACCUCGGGGACCGGGACCGAAGCAGGAUUUACCUCCAUUAUUCACGGCGGUCCGGGGCGGAAGUCUCGAGAUGGUCAAAUUACUGCUCGAUUCUGGGGCUGAUCCGCAGCGAUACGAUUUGUCGAAUUUAUAUCGUGCUGUGGAGGAUCAGCGUCGAGAUAUCAUUUCUGCGUUAAUAAAGCUUGACGUUCGGUCUCAAAGGGCUGUGCUGAAACUCGCGGCUCUGCGGAAUGAUUGUGGUUUGGUUGAGUUUCUUAUAGAUGAGGGAUUGAAUGUUGCGGAGCAGGGACAUGUCGGGUUAUACGUGGCUGAAAUGAAAGGCUACGAAGAUAUUGCCAGAUUGUUAAGGCUUCGUGGUGCAACUCUCUUUGCGCUCUCUGGGGAUGAUAAAAUGGAUUGGGAGGAGGAAGAUAGAGAUGGGACGUAUCGUCGUCGUUCCAUCUGUUGUUUUGCUUCAAUCGACGAUGAGGUGCUUGAGGAUGAGGAUGAGGAGGAUGAAGUUCCCGAGGACUAA